AUGCCAUCUCACAAGCACAAGCGUGAGCGCUCGCGCUCCCAUUCACGCCCGCGCGCCCGCGACGAGGUGCGUUCCUCGCCUUCCUCGCCGCCGCUGGAGGCUAGCAAGACACGCCGCGGCAGUCGCGCAUACCGCGAGCCCAACGACGAUAGCAAGUACGGCAAGCGUGCGCACGAUGAAGACAAGUACCACCGUUCCCGCCGCCGUCGCUACUCUAGUGAGGCCUCGGAGGAAGCCUACACCCCGCGUCGCUGGUCGAGGGAAGACGAGCACCGCGACCGCGACCGCGACCGCGAGCGGUCCAGGCCCAGCCGUCGGUAUGAGGGAAGGCAGUCUGGCCUAACCGAAGGCUUGCCUUCCCUCAGCAAUGAGCAGUUUGCCCAACUCCUUGCCGGGCUCCAGCGCAGCGCGCAGUCGGCGGCGUCACAGCUUACGGCUCACGCCACCGCUGUGCCGGUGACGCCGUUCAAGGUUGAGCCACCCACCGGGCUGGUGCGUGCCCCUCGCGAGGAGGAAAAGGAGGAGGACUGGGACAAGAUCAACCAGGAGGCUGACGACAUUCUCAACGACCUCGAAGAUGAGGUACAGGAGCUCCUGACCAAGGUCCCAGACAGCACGACGCAGCUCAAGGACCUCCCUCCGAUGUUUGACGCUCUCAUUGACGUGUUCAACGGGCUCGCGAUUGGCCAGCAGACAGACAUCUUGCUCAAGACGCACAAGGAGACCCGCGAGAAGAUCGCCCAGCUGCUGGCAAGCGCGCACGACAAGGCGGUGGUGAUCCAAGCCAAGGCCGCGGAGGAGAUCGCGAAGAUCGCGCCAGCCGAGGAGGAGAGGGUCCGCCUGAUCGCCGAGGCGCGCGAGGACUUUACCAAGAUCCUCGCGGCGCAGGACGCCCAACUCGCCGGUCUGCGCAAGGACCUCGACCGCGUCGAGGCCAAGGCAUUCAAGGAGGUCGUGAAGCUGCCCACCGCGGAGGACAUCAAGAAGGCCGCGCGCCGCGAGGCAUACCGUACCAUGGCGGAGAAGCUGUAG